GGGACCGAGGGGCUGCAGUCACGUUCUGUGACUAUGUUACGCGUUUCCUCAAUUCAACCACCAUGAAAUCCGAGGGCGACGCGACGAGUCCGCCAGCUGCACAAACGCCGACAACGACAACGACAACUACUUACACCCAAUGGACCACACCCCACAUUCCCAUUGAUCCUGCUCUACAGGCCCAAACAACACAGGCGCAACAGGCUCAAUCACCGUACCAACAUUAUUCACCGUAUUCACAUUAUCAAUAUGCAACACAUUAUCCUUCCUAUGCUCCCGCUGCACCACAAGCAUCUCAAGCAGCGACAACAACGGUUCCACGUCCUGUAACUGCGGCUGCCGCCGCAACACCCGCUCAGUCUACUAAUAGUGGAGGAGGAGGAAUGGAUACUGCCGAUAUAGCUACGCUGAACGAUGCUCUCGGCAGCGCUGGUGUAGAUCUCAGAGCAGAAGAAGAAUCGUUACAGCGGUCGCAUGAGCAACACCUUACCUACCGCUCAUACGAAGACCGUACACGCAAGCAACCAGCCAAGCCUUCAUUCGAUACUCGAUAUCUAGGUGCCACCAUGCGCACCGUCGUCAACUACCUAGCUCUUGCUCUGCGUGCGCGACUACAAGACCUCGUUGAACAAAUGGUCGCAGCUGCCAAUCACCGCACGGACACCCAAUUUGAUCGACCCGCGUCAUUAUACGAGGAUGGGUCGCCUAUGUGGAGCAUCCUCGUUCGGAGCGACGUCGCGAAGCAACUGGCUGCGUUGGAAAAAGUCGAACGGGAAGAAGAGAUGAAGGUGCGCCGGGAACGAAAGGAGAGGGCAGAUAUGGCUGCCGCACAUGCUGCUGCUCUUGCUGCACAGGCAGCGGGAGGUCCUAGUGCUGUAGCAGAGGUCUACGAUGAUACAGAAGGCGGGACGAAGAAGAAGAGGAAGAAGGAAGGACCAGGAGUCACUGCUCGCAACAUGUCAGAAGACGUGCGCAAAAAGAUGUCGAACGCUGUUGCUAGUCAAGCUGCUGGCAUUGGGGGUAAAUACUCUUGGAUGACGGCGGCUAAUGCUAGUGCCCCUGCUCCUCGGCCAAAAGCUGCUGCCGCUGCCUCUCCAAACCCCGCUGGGGCGAGUACUCCAGGGGGAACUGCUGCAGCUAAUGCAGCAAGUUCGUGGUCAAGACCAUAUGUGCCCACAAAAAAGCCGCCGACACCACAGCAGUCUGUAGCUGAGGACGAUACGCGGACGACGAUAACUCUGAGGGAUGCAAUGUUUGUGAUAGAGAAGGAACGUGGGCACGGUGGUGGAAGGGGCGCUGCGAGAGGAUGGAUAUAGAUAUAACAAUUAACCUCUACUUCGCUUGAUAUAUGGUUCCGAGUCCUUUGUACAAUAUUGGGUAGACUCGGCCAUCACGCUGGGAUCGUGCAGUAAUCAUAUUCGGAGUUUGCCGGGCCUUUCCCUAUGAGAUCAUUCAUCAAAAGAGUGGGAACUGUUUGCUGCUUUCAUUUACCUGGUAAUUCUUUUGGGUCCAUGUUUUAUUUCUAUUCGUUGCUAAAAUAUGUAUCUUUUACCAAUCCUGUUCCCAACAGCCGAGUAGCGUCAAUAACUAGCUAGCCGCAUACGUUCUUGAAUUCGGACACAACAAGUCCCACAACGUCCGAUUCUCUCGAAACUCGCCUACAACAUCCAAUGUUACUGAACACCUGAUGACUAACACAAUCACACCGGACAGAUGAGAAUUUGAGGGAAACCUGAAUGCGCACAAUAAGGUUACGUUUUGGGAGGUCGAUUUUGGCUGAAAAUUUACAUAAAAUUUGCG